AUGAAAAUCGCCACACUCCAAUUCUCCGCCAAACUCGGCGACACAGCGGGGAACAUCAAGCGGGCAGAUGGCCUGCUGAAAGAUGGAGGCCGCGGAACUACUCUCGGGAAAGGAAUUAAAGAAUUAAACCCAGAUAUCCUGGUCCUAUCGGAGAUGGCAUUGACGGGAUAUAACUUUCCCAAUCUAGAGGCUGUUAAGCCGUAUCUUGAGGAAGCGGGGAUGGGGCCUUGUGGUAUUUGGGCGAAAGAGACGGCGAAGAAGCUGGGGUGUAAGGUUUGCGUUGGGUAUCCGGAGGUUGAGAUUGAGAGGAGUGGUGAGGAAGGGGGGAAAGAGACGUAUUAUAACUCGUUGCUUGUUGUUGAUGAGAAGGGGGAGAUUCUUGCGAAUUAUCGCAAGACUUUCCUCUAUUAUACGGAUGAGACUUGGGCUGCGGAGGGUGAUGCAAAGCGUGGUUUCAGGCAUAUCUCGCUUCCUCGUCAGGGUCAGCAGCAGCAGGAGGUUGCUACGUCGUUUGGAAUCUGCAUGGACAUUAACCCCUACCGCUUCGAAGCACCCUGGACAGCAUGGGAAUUUGCGAACCGCAUCCUGGACACGCGCUCGCAGUUGGUUAUUUUGUCGAUGGCGUGGUUGACGCAUUCAGAUCGCGAGGAGUUGCAGACGUUGCAUACGAAGCCGGAACUCGGGACGUUUAAUUACUGGGUUCAGAGGCUUAUGCCGUUGUUUAGACGGCAUAUGGAGCAUUCGAGUGAUCUUGGUGGGGAAGAUGAAGGGGAGAAGAGGAUGAUUGUUGUUUUCGCGAAUCGAGUUGGUGAGGAGGAGGGGCAUGGGGAGGAUAAGGAGCCCGUGAGGUAUGCGGGGACGAGUGCUGUGCUUGGGUUUUCGCAGAGGGCUGGUUCUGCUGGUGAAGAUGGAGAUGGGAUCGAUGUUAAAAUUCUGUGUUGGGAUCUUAUGGGUGCCACAGAGGAGGGGAUUUGUUUUGCGGAUACGGGGGAGGAUCCAGAGAUGGUUUUUAGCCUCGUGAAGGGUGGCCAGUGA